ACAUAAUGAUGGCCCAGAAACAAAGCCCAAUUAAUUUUGGAUUGGUUUCGUAGAAAUGACACUACAUGGCAUUCUAUAGAACUGCUAUUUAAAAAUUAGUCGGAUAAAAUAAGUGUCGGUUAAUCUCUGAAUAUUAGCCAUAAAAUGGUUAUUAGCCAAAUUGAGCCUUAUGACAAUGAACCCAAAACAAGGGAACUGGAACUGGCCGGCAACAAUUUUUAGGAAGAGAAGAAACAAGUUACAGUUCUAAUUCCCAUUUCUGAGACUUGAAAGUCUACAGUCUUUUUUGUUUGUUUUUGAAUCUCUGAAAAGUUUGGAAAUGGAAUUGGAGAAGGGAGUGCAGAGAUGGGCAGUUGAUAUUUCUGAAUGGAACCCUUCUCCCCAUUACUUCUCUUUUGCUAUGUCUUUUCUUCCCCAGCAUGAGCACUCCUCCAUUACCAGGUUUUUUAAAAUGGAAGAUCGAAAACGGGCGCUUGUAAGCAGAUUGUUGCAGUAUGCACUGGUACAUCAAGUCUUGGGAAUCCCUUACAAUGAAAUUGUCAUCAGGCGAACUGCUGAGGGAAAACCGUACCUGGAAUGUGACAAACCGAACUUGGAGUUGCCAAAUUUUAACUUCAAUGCAUCACAUCAUGGUAAUUUUGUGGCUAUUGCUUCUGAACCAAUAUGCCUUGUGGGGUUGGAUGUUGUUGCUCAAACUAUUCCUGAGAAAGAAUCAGUUGAAGAUUUCAUUGAGAGUUUCUCAUCAUACUUCUCAGGACUGGAAUGGUUUAACAUAAUCAAUGCUGGAUCUUCUCAUCAGAUUUUAAGUGAGUUUUAUAGAUAUUGGAGUUUGAAGGAAGCAUUUGUCAAAGCCAUUGGUGAAGGCGUGGGUUACAAAUUGGACACUGUUGAAUUUCAUCACAAAAACUGGGAAAACAUAUUUGUGAAAGUUGAUGGUAAAGAACUGAAAGAUUGGAAAUUUUGGCUUCUUGAAUUGGGGAAAGAUCACGUGGCAUCGAUUGCUAGGGUUCACCCAAUGUUUGCUACUAGCAGUUACAAGAGAACGUUGAAGCGGACACAAUUUAAUAAUGAGGAAUACAAUAUGGGGCUUAAUCUUCCAAAUGCAAGCUUCAUUUUCCGAAAGGUUGAAGACCUUUUGCCCUCCAAUGAAGAAGGUAGAGUAGCACCAUGUUUAUCGCAAAAUUGUGCUUUGGUGAAGGAUUAAAAAGAGCUCAAAGAUAGCCAUUGAUCGAUACAUUGGGUGGUUAAUCAAUGGCAGACGGAGCUUUGGCUUAGUCACUAAACAUAAAUAUAUAUGAAAAUGGCCCAUAAAAUACAACAAAAACAACAACAAUAACCGAGUGUAAUCCGACUAGUGGGGUCUAGGGAGGGUAAAAUGUACGCAGACCUUACCGCUACCCGAAGAAGGUAGAGAGGUUGUUUCCGAAAGGCCUUCGUCCCAAAAAGUAUUUCACUAAAUACUCUCUCGUCCCAAUUUAUGUGGCACUAUUUACUUUUUAGUCAGUCCCACAAAGAAUGUCAUUUUUUAUUAUUUAGAAAUAAUUUAUCUUUAGAAUUCCUAUUUAGAUUCCGCCAUGACAAGUGGGACUUGGGUUUUCUGGUGAUUUUGGACUAGAGUUUGAUUCUGUGGCGGAGAAUUGCUAAAUUCGUUAUGCAAAAUUCGAAUUUAAAUGUUUUUUUUCUGUUUGACUAUUGUAUACUAUUGCACAAAAGAGGCGCUUGACAUAGACAUGAAUCAUAUUAGACUAGAACUAGGACUCGAUCCAUGUUGAAAGGUACAUGCUUUUACAAGCUGAACUUCAAGUAGCAAGACUUGUACCUUUUCAGUUGUGGGGUGUGUCUUUUAAUGAGGAUGCUAAUGCUGAAACAAGUAACGAAAAAUUUAGUCAAUAUAUCAUUUUUACAGCCGCUUCUGUAUUCUCUGUUUCCUAAUCUGCUUAUUGAUCACCCAUACUAGUGAAAGGAGUUUUGGUGUUUAAUUCUCUAUUAAUAUAAUUGGCUUGCUAGUUAUUCUUUUCAUCUCAAUAUUAAUGAUGCAUGCGAUUGUUGUACAUUAAUUCUUGUACCAUUUACAUCGAAUUUGGUGUUAAACAAUCAUACACGCAUACAAACUCGCAAAU